AUGGUUCAUUCAACCAACGGCACAGCGGCGGUUAACGGCACAUAUUUACCCGAGGAGCUGAGACUGAACGUGGGUGUCUACACAAACCCAGAGCACGCUCUCUGGAUUUCUCCUGCAGAACCAAAUGUUGAGGAUGUUCGACAUGGAACAAGUCUGAAGCCUGGUGAAGUCACCAUUGCCAUCAAGAAUACUGGUAUAUGCGGCUCGGAUGUUCAUUUCUGGCACGCUGGAUGUAUAGGCCCGAUGAUUGUUCGAGGAGACCACAUUCUUGGGCACGAGUCAGCGGGCGUCGUCAUAGCCGUUCACCCUUCGGUCACAGACCUUGAGAUUGGCGACAGAGUCGCGAUCGAGCCUAAUGUCAUAUGCCACAAAUGCGAACCUUGUCUGCAAGGACGGUACAACGGCUGCGAGAAGGUCGAAUUUCUAUCAACGCCACCAGUCCCUGGGCUAUUGAGAAGAUAUGUCAAUCAUCCAGCCAUGUGGUGUCACAAAAUAGGCAACAUGUCGUACGAAGAAGGCGCUAUGCUCGAACCACUGAGUGUGGCUUUGGCAGCGAUGGAUCGGUCAGCAGUUAGACUGGGAGAACCCGUCCUGAUCUGCGGUGCUGGUCCUAUUGGUCUCGUCACGCUGCUAUGCUGUCGCGCUGCCGGCGCAGAACCUAUCCUGAUCACAGACCUCGACGCAGGACGUCUCAACGUUGCAAAGAGACUAGUACCAUCGGUUUUCACACAUCUUAUCCGGCAAGAUCCUUCAAGAACCCCAGAAGAAGUGGGGCGCGAUCUGGUCGAGUCAAUGGGUGGCAUUGAGCCCGCUGUCGCCAUCGAGUGCACCGGCGCCCAAUCAAGUAUCGCAUCAGCGAUCUGGGCUGCGAAGUUCGGCGGCCAGGUCUUCGUCACAGGCGUCGGCAGGAACGAGAUCGAGGUGCCGUUCAUGCGCCUAAGCACGCGGGAGAUAGAUCUGCGGUUUCAAUAUAGAUACUGCAAUCAAUGGCCUAAGGCCAUCCGCCUGGUAAAGAGCAAGGUAGUUGAUCUAAAGAGUUUGGUUACGCAUGUGUUUGAUGUUGAGGAGGCGGGCAAGGCCUUUGAAACGGCGGCGGAUAAAGGUUCAGAGGCUAUUAAGGUUAUGAUUACUUUCUGA